AUGGUUUCUUAUCAAUUAUUCUUGACGGUGGUCAGCCUACUGGUUAGCAGGACACUCAGCCAAGGGGCUUCGCCUUGUCAAGUUAGUACCAUAAAAAUAAAGGACUGCACGGAUGCACUGAACUCGAUUGUAUAUGACAAACCUGGCAAUAGCGGCAAAAUAGUUGUCACUCCCGAACAAAAGCAGAUUAUCACAAACGUCGGAGAAUGCAAGUUGACAAUUAGUGUUUCUCAAGCUCAAGUUGUGAUCACAAGGAAAGAGAUAAAUGACAACUUUGUCAAAGCAGUGAACCAAUGCAAAGGCAAGUCUAUGUUCACAUCAUUCAAAACCAAAGCGGGGACUGUUGUCCAAGGUGUCACCGAAACCAUGUUCAAAGAUGAGCCAUUUUCUGCUGUGGUUAAACCUGGAAGUCCUUUUGGAGACCCUAAAUGUGCUGGAGAAAACAUCCCAAAUCCAACAACAGAAUGUCCAAAGACUUUGUCUACGAUACCAACAGGUAAUAAAGGACAACUAUUAAGUAUUUUUACUAAAAGUCCAGCUGCUGCAGUGGGUGCACAAAAUCUCAAUGCUGGAUGUUCUUUAUCAAUUUCAACCCAAGAUGGUACAUUUGUCAGAUUAGAUGCAGCUCAGGUGAAGAAAGCCUUUGAUGCACUGUUUAAGGGUGGUACCAUUAUGUUUAAAGGCUCAAAGGAAGCACCAAACACAAAGCUUUUCAUGCAGGUUUUCUAG